UGUACCAUGUAUACCUGCUGCUGGAUGGAUCUCUAACUGGGAUUAAAAACCAGGAUUAUUCCACCAAAUAUUGAUUUCUAAACUCCUAAAACUUUAUGAAUAUGAACUUGUUUUCUUGGUAUUAUUUAAGGUCUGAAAUUUCUGCAUUUUAAUAUUUUUGCAAUAUAAACUAGCUUUGUCAGUGCAUGAUUACAUACACCACAGGUGGUGGCUUUUAUGCUAUAUUCAUUUCGUAAUUAUAUUGUAUCGAACUGAAUGAAGAAAUAUAUUGUGAUUUAAAUCACAACAUAUCGUCCAGCUCUAUGUGAAAUGUAUUUUUUUGAGCUUCUUAAACGUCAUAGAGUUAAAAUUCAGUGGAAAACAAUGGAAUGAAUAUAUGUUUGGUAAUACAGAACACUUGAAGGAUCUUCUGCCUCUUGCUUUGUGGAUUGGUGUGUCUGUCAUCUGCCUCUUAUAUGUAUUUGGUGGAUUCAUGCAUGAAUCAAUUGUGUGAAACUGACCAAAGUGUGCCAAGUCCUGCUGGAAAAUGAAAUCCGUUGAUGGAACACAGUGGAUCAACACCAGCGGAUGACUUCUCUCCAAACCAUGACUGAUUGUGGAAACUUCACACAAGACCUCAAGCAGCUUGGACUGUGUGUCUGUGAUUUCAUUUUCCAGCAGUUUUUUUAUUGCCUGUAGGCCAUAAUCAUCAACAAUAAAAUAAAUAAAGGCUUAAAAUAGAUCAAUCUUUGUUUAAUAUGUCUAUAUAAUAUAAGAGUUUUACAUUUUGAACUGAAUCACUGAAGUAAAGUAACAGUUUUUAAUGAUAUUCUAAUCAUUUGAGAUGCACUAGUAAUAUUGCGAUAACACUAAAAGUAAGAUUAAUCGUUAACCCCUUCACCGUGAUAGGGAUUAUCUGCGGCUGAACUCUGGAUACAUAUCACUGUGCCAUAAUCUCAGGGAUAAUCAUUUCCACAAAAAAAAAUAUCAGAGAGAAAAUCAGGGAUUCAUCAUUCUCUCAGACUCAGGAUGCGGUCGUGUGUGGAUGCGCUCUUAGAGCCGAUUACGCUUAGAGCCAAAUCCCUAGACGGGACGUCUUAUAGGCUAAGCCUAAUGUGUGUUCACCAAUCAUCACCAGGCUGACCCAGCCCCCUGCCCCAGACUGACUCCACCUUCUCUUGCACGAUCGCUGACAUUAGCCUUGUCUGAGCUCCCAGCAUGCCUUGCGGCUGUUUUUUAAGCCUGGGCAGUGGCUGGAGGAUGAGGCUGGACACACUCACUCGGACACGCAGCAGAGAGGAUGCUGGAAAAGUGCAGCUACGUGUUGUACUGGACGGAGGAAUAGUCAAAGGGACAUGAUUUCUGGAUUGGAAGGAUUUAGAGAUUGGAUUUGAGAUUGGAUCUAGUUCAAAGGAUGGAGUCUGUUGGACAGGUUAUACAGACCUCUACAGGCCAUGAUGAUGCGGGCUGCUACUGAGGGUACAUCAUUUCAGUAAGGAGGACCAAUCGAAAGGAAAAGAAGCCCGUCAGCAUCCAGGGACCCGAACCAGAAGUACGACCAAAGUCAGGAGAGACUCGAGCCCUCGCAGUAUGCUCCAGGGGAGGGUGGCAUGCCGCGAUCGCCAUCAGACUACGGGGCUGGGGACCGGCAGAGGCGCGGGGGCUACGGUCCCUAUGAUGACGCAGAUUCGGCGCGGGGGGCUUACCGUGCCCGGCGUGGUGGGUGGCACUCCCAGGAGGAGUACCCACCCGAGCCGGGCUUCAUCCCAGACGGCCCUCUUCUGAGCGAGCACGAGCUGCAGAGGCAGCGGCAGGAGGAGUACCAGACCCGUUACCGUAGCGACCCCAACCUGGCCCGGUACCCGGUGAAACCGCAGCCGUACGAGGAGCAGAUGCGGAUGCACGCCGAAAUGUCUCGCUUCCGGCACGAGCGCCGACACAGCGACGUCUCGCUGGCCUACACGGAAAUGGAUGAUCGAUUGGGACUCCCUCUCAGGGGUCCGUACCCACCGGGCUCGGGUCACCCGCACCACAGGACCUCCAACCACAGCCCGCCGGCGGGGGGUGGACCCAUGGGGGCGGAGCCGCAGAUACUGAGGCGGGGUCAGCAGCACCUGGACCCGGGCUCGGCCGUACGCAAAAGCAAGCGGGAGAAGAUGGAGAGCAUGCUGCGGAACGACUCGCUCAGCUCGGACCAGUCCGAGUCGGUGCGGCCGCCGCCGCCCAAGCCGCACAAGAGCAAGCGUGGGGGCAAAAUGAGGCAGGUGUCGCUCAGCAGCUCCGAGGAGGAACUGGCAACCACGCCGGAGUACACCAGCUGUGAGGACGUGGAGAUCGAGAGCGAGUCGGUCAGCGAGAAAGGGGACAGUCAAAGGGAAAAAAGAAAAACUAUUGAGCAGGCACACAUCUUAUCAGAGGGCCAAAAGAAAAUGGUGCGCUUUUGGGGCCACUCUAUGGAAGAGGAUGCCGAGUGGUGUGAGCCGCAGGUUAAAGACUCGGGCGUUGACACGUGCAGUAGCACCACGCUAAACGAGGAGCAUAGCCAUAGUGAGAAGCACCCUGUCACAUGGCAGCCGUCCAAAGACGGAGAUCGGCUGAUUGGCCGAAUUCUGCUCAACAAGCGCAUGAAGGACGGGAGCGUGCCGCGGGACUCCGGAGCUCUCCUGGGUCUGAAGGUGGUUGGUGGGAAGAUGACAGAGUCGGGUAGACUUUGUGCGUUCAUCACCAAAGUAAGAAAAGGAAGUUUAGCAGACACUGUCGGACACCUCAGACCAGGUGAUCAGGUCUUGGAGUGGAACGGCAGGAAUUUACAAGGAGCCACAUUUAAAGAAGUUUACAAUAUCAUUUUAGAAUCAAAGCCAGAGCCUCAGGUGGAACUAGUCGUCUCCCGACCCAUUGGAGAUAUCCCCAGGAUACCAGACAGCGCACACACGCAACUGGAAUCAAGUUCCAGCUCAUUUGAGUCACAGAAAAUGGAGCGGCCGUCUAUAUCCGUCACAUCCCCCAUGAGCCCCGGCAUGCUGCGAGAUGCACCCCAGUACUUAUCCGGACAGCUCUCAAGCCAAAGCCUUAGUAGGAGAAUCGAGCCUUUUAACCCUAGGGUUCAGGUUAAACUCUGGUACGAUAAAGUGGGCCAUCAGCUCAUCGUCACCAUCCUGGGGGCCAAGGACCUGCCUUCUCGAGAAGACGGCCGGCCGAGAAAUCCCUACGUCAAAAUCUACUUCCUCCCCGACAGAAGUUUGAAUUAUUGUUCCUCCAGCGACAAAAGCAAGAGGAGAACAAAAACGGUAAAGAAAUCACUGGAGCCCAAAUGGAACCAGACUUUUAUGUACUCUCCCGUUCACCGGCGGGAGUUUCGGGAGCGCAUGCUCGAGAUCACGCUGUGGGACCAGGCUCGAGUCCGGGAGGAGGAGAGUGAGUUCUUGGGAGAGAUUCUGAUCGAGCUGGAGACGGCGCUAAUGGACGAUGAGCCUCACUGGUACAAACUACAGACGCACGACGUCUCUUCAGUGCCCCUGCCCAAGAGCUCCCCCUACCUGCAGAGAAGAGGACUGCACGGAGACUCCACACGCAGACUACAGACACAAGGCCCGGUUUCAUACAAUUCAGGAUCUCACAGGAUUAGCGACAGUGAGAUCUCUGAUUACGACUGUGAGGACGGCGUGGGGGUCGUGUUAGACUACCGUCAAAAUGGGCGGGACCUUCAAAGCUCCACCCUUUCUGUGCCAGAGCAGGUCUUAUCGUCCAAUCACUGCUCACGGUCGGCAGACAUUAACCGAGCGCGCUCACGGUCGCCCAGUGUUCCCCCUCCUCAGAGUCAUUUUCUCACCCUACCUCGAACCAGACACAGUCAGCCUGUUGAUCAUCAACAGAAGGAACUCAGCCGAGGUGGUGGGUACGUAUACCCCAUCAAUCGAGAGGAAGCGGUCAGGUUACUGCGCUCCACUAGGAUGUCCCGGGCCUAUUCUGAAGGAGCCUACAGUGACAUGGAGAGGAAUUACGGUGCUCUGGACAGACACGACUUUCACCACAGGUCCCGUUCAGCUGACCAGCGGCCCGCUAUGGAACGGCCCAUGUACACCCGCUCCCGCUCCACCGAGCGGCCCCCCGACGGUCCCCACAUGAGAUCGUCCAUGCCCACCCUGUCGUCCGGACACUCCGCGCCACCCUCCCCCGCCUUAUCGAGGGCGCACCCCCGCAGCGGAUCGGUCCAAACCAGUCCCACCAGCACACCCAUGAACAACAGGAGAGGACGGCAGCUCCCACAGCUGCCUGCCAAGGGGACGCUAGAGAGAAAAGAUGGACGGGAAGAAGUCGAGCCGUGUCCAGAAGACACGGAGUCGCCCGCUCGGACAAACUCAGUAGAGAGAGAGAAAGCAAGCCCACAGAAUGAAGAUGAAGGUGCCAUGGACGUGGAGGAGAGGGCGCGGCAGAUGAAGCUGAAGGUGGAUAAGUUUAAGCAGGGAGCGGCCUCCGACUCCCGACUGGAGCAGGACCAUCAUAUGAAGCGGAGGGACGGUCAUCGGGGGACGGACAACCUCUCGGCCAAGUCUUCAGACAGCGACGUGAGCGACGUGUCCGCUGUGUCGAGAAGCAGCAGUGCCUCUCGCUUCAGCAGCGCGAGCUACAUGUCCGUGCAGUCAGAAAGACCGCGGGGAAGCCGCAAGAUCAGCGACUUUACGUCCAAAAUGAAAAACAGGCAAAUGGGCGUGACGGGCGGCAGCAACAUGACCAAGAGCACCAGCAUCGGCGGAGACAUGUGCACCCUGGAGAAGACGGACGGCAGCCAAUCAGACACGGCCGUGAGCCUGGUGGGCACCGACAACAAGAAGAGGCGCUCCAGCAUCGGGGCCAAGAUGGCCGCCGUGGUGGGCAUGUCCCGCAAGAGCCGCAGCGCCUCGCAACUCAGCCAGACAGAAGCCGGAGGGAAGAAGUUGCGCAGUACGAUCCAGAGGAGCACAGAAACGGGUCUGGCCGUGGAGAUGAGGAACAGAAUGACCCGGCAGGCCAGUCGCGAGUCCACAGAUGGAAGCAUGAAUAGCUUUAGCUCAGAGGGAAACCUCAUCUUCCCUGGAGUGCGUCUGUCUUCAGACAGCCAGUUCAGUGAUUUCCUAGAUGGACUAGGCCCCGCCCAGCUGGUGGGCCGACAGACUUUAGCCACACCUCCUAUGGGGGACAUUCAGAUCGGAAUGGUGGAGAAGAAAGGAGCUCUGGAGGUGGAGGUUAUUCGAGCCAGAGGCCUCGUGGGGAAACCAGGAUCCAAGGCACUGCCAGCCCCCUACGUGAAGGUCUACCUUUUGGAGAAUGGAGCCUGCAUAGCCAAAAAGAAAACUAAAGUAGCACGCAAAACCUUGGACCCUCUUUACCAGCAGCAACUGUCAUUUGAGGAGAGUCCCGGAGGGAAAGUCUUACAGAUCAUCGUGUGGGGAGACUACGGGCGAAUGGACCAUAAAUCUUUUAUGGGAGCCGUUCAGAUACUUUUAGACGAGCUGGACUUGUCCAACAUGGUGAUUGGCUGGUUCAAGCUCUUUCCUCCUUCCUCGUUAGUGGACCCGACGUUGGCCCCCUUGACUAGAAGAGCUUCCCAGUCAUCUCUGGACAGCGGGUCUGGGCCGUUCGGUCGCUCGUAGCGGUGCGCUGAUUGGUAGCGUUGUUGUAGCAGCCAGUGGGCGGGAGAUUUUCCGAUUUUGCGACGGGUCGCGCCCCUCCCCCCGGUAAACACACUGCAUGCUUGGUGUUGUGUCUUCUGAGCCUGUUUCUUAGGGGUGAAAAUAAAAAGCGGUCCUGUGUUUGCUCGCCGAAUUAAAAAAGAGAAUACUACUAAUAAAUAAAACCUGAAACCUCGCACACGUCGUGCAUGAAGAGCGCCCCCUGCAGACUGGGAACAGGCAGACGAAGGAAGCUGGGAACGGACUCCUGUUUUUGUCCUAUUUGAAGCCAUUGGGUAUGGGUUUGAACUGGGAACCAGUCACUGAGUUCUACUGAAGCCCUGCUUUUUUUGAAACACAACGAGGAAAAAAAAAAAAUACGUUUGUUCGAAUCGUUCUGUUUUCCAUUUCUUCCGUUCUUAAUUUUUCUCGGUUGAUUGUUUGUUUUAAUGUCAAUGUAUUUGUAUAUGAAUGAGCUAACAGUGUUUCUUAUCAGAGCCUGGGUCACGCCAUGCCAACAGAUCCAGAGGUCCAGACUGAGAGAUUGCAUUACGGAGACUGUGCAGAGUACAAGCCCUAAUCAGUGGCCACAACCUUAAAUCACCUGCACAGAUAUGCACACAUCCUAGCUGAUCAUGAGACUGUUUGUAGAUUUUUAAAAAUGCAAUACAGAGGAGGCUUAUCGGCAUCUGUAAAGCGAAGGUCUGAUGUUUUUCUGUUUGUAAUUAUUUUUAUUUUAUUGUUUUUCUGCAAUCAGCCUGAAUGGUUUCAUCGUUUAAGGGGACUGUUUAUUUGUAUAUUUAUUUAUUUAUUUUAUUUUUGCAUGGACACAGGUUUAGCUGAACAUAAAUAAAUGAUUAUUUUCUUGAGAUUGCAACUUGCAAAAAAGAAAACCGAUGAAAAAAAAAAAAUAGACAAACGAAAACAGAUCAGCCAUUUUCGACAAUUUCUAUUAUUUUUAAAGAUUUAAAAUUUCACUAGUGCAUGGUUUUCAUGGAGAGUGAAUGCAAUGGCGUGAUUCUAAAAAAAAAAAAAAAGAAAAGAAAAUGAAAAACCCUGUUUUAUUAUCUUAUUAAAGACCCUUCUGUGGUCUGUACUGUAUUUUUACGGACAUAAAACCGAUAAAAAGUGAGGAACUUUAAAAAAAACUAUUUACAGAAAAUAAUCCUCAUGCGAUGAAGAGGUGAAGAGGUGGAGAAAAUAGAUCAAUUUACUAUUUAUUAAAAUAACGAGGCAGUACGCCUUAUGACGAAGAUGACGUGCAAAUUGUACACAUUUUCUUUUCUUUUCUUUUCUCUCCCUCGUCCCAGGGUAACUGUCGUACGUUUCAUCGCUGCUGUCGUCCAGAUUUCCCCCCGCCCCCUUUCCGAUAAUGUUACGAAGUUUCCGCAGGGCUGUUGAGUUCGUACAGUCUUGUGUGUUAUGUUAGUUUGUACCUCAUUUGGAUUUGAUUGAUUUAACACAAGCAUGUUGAAAAGGGUUUUUUCUGCAACAUGGCUUGGGCACACCGUGCAGUCACACAGCAUGAUAAAGUUUUGAUAAAGACUGAUGAUAUUUGGAAGAUUUAAAAAAAAUAAAUAAAAAUAGACUAAGAUUUUUUGCAGUUUCUUGUACAGUGCAUGUCAACUGUCUUUCUUUCGUCCCUGAGCCCUAAUCGAAUCGUACGAUACGUACGUGGGUGCGUGCAUACGGAAGAUUUGGCCGGUCUGUAGCGGACCUCCACCGUACAAUUUUGUUCGAUAAAACAUUCCACCCAAUGACGUCAUACCUUGUUGACAGUUCCUUAAAAAACUGAUCUUUAAGAAAAAUGAAAAUGCGAUUAAGGAAAUUUUGUAUCCUGGUGGAACUAGUUGAGAAGAAUUUUUAACCCCGCCCCCUUGCCCCGCCCAGUAUUCCAGUAUAUGGACGAAAAACUGAAUUCGCAAGAGGUUUCCUGCAUCUCACAGACAACGGCAGUAUUGUCCAGUUGCAGUUUUAGAGAAAUCACACUGUCUGCUGGGACUGAUGAGCUGGGCUGCAUGACUUGGAAAUUUGCCACACAAUAUGAGUUUGUAGAUUUUAGUUUUUCUCGCUUAGUUUUGAAGAAAGUAAAAGUUCAUUUACUAUAUUUUUGUUAGUUUAUUUACAAGCCAAGACCAAUUAAUUUUUUAUUUUCUAUUUUUAGUAAUUAUCAAAAACUUCUCAUAUCUGGGAAGUAGAGGACUCUUCUAGUUCAAAUGUCUGAAUGGAUCUAUACGGAGACAUUAUUCCUCUUCCAUGUAAAUUGAAUUAUAUUUUGAUGUUCAUUCAAUCUCUUUUUUUUUCUGAAACGAGCUAUAUAUAUAUAUAAAUAUAGUUUCCCUCUGAUUUCAAUUGUACAUAUUAGGUGUCAGAAGUCAUGGGAUUUGGAUAAAAGAAGAAAAUAAAUAAUCAUACCUCUAUAGAUAGGAUCUUGCGGAAUUGGGAUAAUGUCUCAUUUGAUGACAGAGACAUGUUAUAUACCCUUUUGAAUGCCUUCUCUUUUUUUUCUGGUGCAAUGUGUUCAUGCCAAGGCUAUGUCUUGGUCGAGUAUGGUUGAGUACAGAGAUUUAUGUAAGUUAUUUUUCAAAUUAAACAAUAAAAAAUGGAUACUACACUGAA